GACCAAAAUAUGUGUGAUCAUUUCUGUCACAUCCACCGACAUGUCUGUCAGGACUAUUUUUCCCUUCCUGUUUGUUUGUCUACUUAGUGAACUAGAGGCGGUGGCUCCACAAACCAGAGACCAGUCACAACAUUUAGUGGAGGCGGUGGCUGCCAUUGACCAAAAGUUGACCAAAAUGGAACGUCAGCUGAUCGACAAAGAUGUCCGAAUAAGAAAUCUGGAAACUACACUGGAAAACCAUAUUGCGGUUCAUGCCGAUUAUGUGAAAGACACAGAGAAGGAGAUGCAGAUGAAGAAUUUGGAAUUAAAUCGAUUGCAACAACUUGUGACAUCACUCACAGAAACUGCGAAUUCGUUCAAACAAACGCUUUCUGAAACAAGUAGCGAAUCACGUGAACUUGCAAGCCGUAUGUCUGUUUUGGAACAGGCGAUUUUCGCUGAUGGUGUUAAUGCUAAAGAACGCGAUGGGCAGUCGAUGGCAUCGUCUGAUAUACGUAAUGAGGAAACUUCUGAUAAGUCUGUACGGAUCAACGCUUCCAAUGCUGAACCUGUCCAAAUGGCUGGUCCUGUUCACAAAGCAGGUCCCGUUCGAAAGGAUGCGACCUUCAGUAACAGCGAGUCCACGGAGGUCCCGUCUGAGGCUAGUGUAGUUCAAAUACGAAGACCAAGUCUGAUGAGGGCGGUUCCUUCCUCUUCAAUCGUAGCCUUCCAUUAUGAGUUGUCGAAUUCGGUGACUGUUAGGACGGGUAGCGUCGUUGUGUACGACCAUGAGACGCUAGACGAAGGGCAUGGAUACAGUCCUCAUAACGGCAUCUAUACCGUUCCUGUAGCUGGCAUCUACGUCAUGGUAUGGGACACCUUUGCAAAUUUUCGUAGCUACAUCCAAACGUUCUUGGUUGUAAACGGAACUAAAAGAGGGACUUCAUUUUCUGAUGCACAAGCAACACACGAUCUUGUUUCUUCUCUGGUUGUCCUGCGACUGCAACAAGGGGAUCGCGUGGUCAUACAAGUAGGACGAACAAGUGAUACCAACGCCACAAUGUCCAGUUAUGGUAGUUUUACUGCUAAACCUACAUUUUCUGGUUGGAAAUUGUUCUAAAAUUAAAUAAAAGUGAAAUAUUGCUGGUACGAAGUCUUGUCCGCUUUAUUUUAUGAGUUGUGAUAGAUAAUUGGCACUGCUUUAAAAGUUCAAAAGAAUUCAUGAAAUUUUACGGAUAAAUUUUUGACCUGAUGUUAUGGAGCGGAAUCAGACAUCCGCCCGUACUCACCUAGAUAUACUUGUGAGGUGAAUUUGCGAUUCAUUCUAUACACGUAUCCUUGUUACUUAUAUGCAUGUUUAAUGCAUUUGUGUUUUCCCAUAAUGCACCAUUAAACCUCUCUGCCAGCAUAUUAACCAAAAGGAUCAUGAUCAUCAAUCUGAGUCUCCAUAAUAGUAAAUUCAUCAAAAUCAAUGCUGAGACUUCUGUGGGACCGGAAAGGCAUUAUUUAGCAAAUGAGAUGAUUGAUCAUGUUCUUAUACGGAGAGAGGGGGCCCAUACUGGAACAAUUGCAUUGCAUACUUAAUGCUGUAAACCAUUGUUUUAAGAGGAAUCAAACGUAGGAAAACCAUUGUUUUAAGAGGUAGCAAAAAGUAGGAAAAUAAGUGUACCUCACUGUAUAACUUCAAUAAUUGAUUUUGUCACGUCUACUGUGGCGGGCCCUCUGGGCCCCUUGUCAAUUUCAUAGGCCCUUAAGCAUGGACAUCAUAUUGCUUAAUAGGGGGUUUCUCCGACAAUAACGUGAAUCUGACCUUCUCGAAUCUGUCCAACUUGAAGCUAUGCGUAUAAUAACGGGUCUCCGAAGAGGUACUCCUCACCACAUUUUAUAUACUGAAACUCAACUAGAGUCAUUAAGCUCAAGAAGACAAAAUCAUAAACUAAUAGUAAUGUUUAAAAUUAUCAAUAAUUACACUCCAACUUAUCUAUUCAAUAUCAUACAGCCAUUUUUAAAUGUAAACAAUGUCUAUACCUUCAGAAAUAAUAGAGUCUUCAAUAUACCACAAUCACGAACUACUAGCUAUAUGAAAAGUUUCUUUCCUUCAACAAUGACUAUGUGGAAUGCACUUGACAGUACCAUAAGAGAAUCUUCUUCAGUUUCUUUUUUUAAACGCAGUAUAAAAUCAACUAUUAAUUUGCCUGUUUCUGAAAUUUUCAUCAGUUCUCUUCCGAGGAAACUUAACAUAAUUUUAUGUCAACUAAGGAAUUUUAAAAGUAACUUAAAUAGUGAUAGGUUCCAAGAUCACCUUGUUGAUAACCCUUCCUGUGCGUGUGGUGCACGUAGAGAGGAUAUUG